AUGGCAGACGACAACAAGACCAUCGACGCCAUCGACAACCUCACAGGAGGCGAUGACGAUGACUUUGACAUGGACGGCAUCGAAGGCGGCAGCGGGGCACAUGACGGGCCUAGCAGCGAGACGAUUGAGGCCAUUGCUACCUUCCAGACAUUGCUCGAGGCGAAUCCCAAUCAGUAUGAAGCACACACACAACUGAUCACCUUGCUCAAGGGUGCCGAUAUGUUUGAAGAGCUCCGUGAUGCUCGUGAGGCUAUGAACAGGCUUUAUCCUUUGUCUGAAGACCUUUGGAUGGACUGGAUCAACGACGAGGUCAACAUGGCGACAUCUGGGGACGAAAAGAGACAUGUCCUCUCCCUCUACGAACGAGCCACUACUGAAUACCUUUCUAUCAAAAUCUGGAAGUCCUAUGUCGACUAUGCACUGCAGGAGUACAACGAAUCAAAAGAGUACCAGGACGCACUAGAGGAAGAAGAGACUGUUGUCAACGCUCAGGAGCUGAACAAGAUUUUCAAGAGGGCGGACAAGUGGACUGGAUACCAUAUCCCUGAGAGUCAUACCAUCUGGAAUGUCUGGAUAAACUUUGAGCUCGAGAAUCUUGCAGCCCGGGAUCCUGCAUCACCUGAGGAUGUCAGGAGGGUGAAAAAGAUGUAUCUGGACAGAAUCGCUAUCCCCCAUGUUACACUGGAAGAAACAUUCUCAGCUCUGUCUCCAUUAAUUUCCAAAUACGAGCCUGAGGAGUACGAAAAGACAAUGGAAAACUGCAGCAAAAUCAAUGCCGCUACACGCAAGUUGUUGACUGAACGGGAGGCUUUUGAGCAGAACUUGGUAGGACCUCAGUUUAGUCUAGGCGUUGCAACAGGAAACAGCGUGGAGGCGUUUACGAGCUACCUAGACUAUGAGAUGCGGCCGGAGCGGAGACAUUUUGCAAGGACGCGGACAUUAUUUGAGAGGGCUGUUGCUGUACACUGCCUUGUGCCUUCAGUCUGGAUCGACUAUAUCACCUUCAUGAUGUCUAUGAACCCUCAAAAAGCUGGAUACGAUCUGGACCCCAAAGAAGUACUGACUAUCGCCGAAAGGUCAACGAGGAAUUGUCCAUGGUCAGGGGAUCUCUGGGAAAGUCGGUUCCUUCUGAUGGAAAUGUACCACAAGCCUGAGGAGGAAUUGAAUGCAUUGUUUGCUAGUGCACUGAGCGAUACCACUCUGUUGGCAAGUCCGCAGGAACUUUCCAAGGUUCUGCAGGCCAGAUGCUCUUAUGUUGUCCGUGCGGAGAAGAAAGACGAAGAUGGCAAAACCAAGAUUAGGGCGGCGUUCGAGCACGCAGGAGCUGUCCUUGAGUCAGUGGGCGGAGAUCCUUACUGCAAGGUUGAACAGUUCUGGAUCGAGAUUGAGGCUGGACCUCUUGAGAACAAAGAGAAUGCGCGUGCAUUGUGGGCCAAGAUUGAGAGCAAGCUCAAGGCAUCCUCAGAGUCAUGGCUGGCGCGCGUGGCAUUGGAAAAGCGAUUGGGAAGCCCCAAGCAAGCGCGGCAGAUUUUCGCAAAGGCAUGCAAUGUUGCCAAGCAGAUUGACUGGCCAGAAAAGGUCUUUGAGGCAUGGCUGUUGUUUGAGCGGGAACAUGGGACUGUCUUAGAAUACAAGGACGCUCUGACUCGGUCUCGUGCUGCCAUGAAAACCGUAGAACUUUUCCGCGCAGAGGUUGCGCUUAAUAGUGCAUACGUGGAUCAGAGCGCAUAUGCGGUGGCAGAGCCUGCUGUAGCCAUUGAGGAGCCGACACCUGUGCCUACCAAGAAGAGAAAGGUUUCGUUCCAGGACGAGGUAGAGACAUUCAAAAUCCCAAAAGUGGAGCCAAAGCCCAAGGGAAGGGUCAAGGAAAAGCCGGAUGCGGUUGCGGAGCGAACUCCUGUCAAGAGUGAGUCAAGCCAUUCGCAGAAGCCACUGGAUAUCAGUGCUGGACGGCACGAAGAUACCUUGUUUGUUGUUAACUUUAAAGAGGACACGACAGCGGCCAAGUUGAAGGAGAUGUUCGGCGAGUAUGGCACAGUGCUCCGAUGCACGAUGGCUGCACCUAAGCAGGGCAAAGCACGGUAUUUUGCAUACGUUCAGAUGUCCAAACCUGAAGAAGCACAAGCAGCGCUGGCUUUGGAUGGACGGGAUGUGGGUCACAGGCUAGGUCUGCAGGUCAGGAUCUCGGACACGAACAAAGCCUCGCGAGCGCCUCCCUCCGUAAAGCCUCCGUUGCCCAAGGAGAGUCGACACGAGCUGAACGUUAAAGGGCUGGACAUUGAUGUCAAAGAUGAGGAUCUCCGCAAGUUGGUCUCCUUGUAUGCUGAGCCCGAGCAUGUAUAUGUGCAGAGACAAGCUGACGCAAAGGGAGGCACCUGGGCCAAUAUCAAGUUCCACACUGAGGCGGAUGCGGACGCGGCGGUAGCGAUGAGCGGACUUUCUUUCCAGGGCAAAACUUUGGAGGUAAGCCGCCGGAUGUUCAAGAACCCAGAGUACGAAGGGUUGACGAGAACCGAGAGAAGGAAACUCAAGGCCAAGAAGUCAGAGGAGAAGCGAGCUCAAGGCGGUGGUCAAGAUCAUCCUGAUCAUAAGGCAGGUGGCAAGGCUCAAGAUGUGGAGAUGACAGAGACAGCCGCAAGUGAAUCGGGAGAUAAAGUGCCAACUGAGUCGUCUUCUGCCACUACAAAGUCGAAUUCAGCCUCUGCAAAGUCAGAUUCUGCGACCUUUGCCAAACCAGCGCCACAAACGAAACCGAUGGCAAAGCUGACGGCAAUGGCACCUAGAUCGAUGCAACCCAGGAGUACGAUGCAAGCUGGAAAGGCGCUCCGGGCAAGACCACCGCGAUCUGCUGGCACAGGAACUCCUCUUGGGGCUUUCAAGCCAGCCUCUACUACGUCUACAGGAUCGUCGUCAAGCGGAGCAGGAGAAGCAGCAGCUACUGGAGUGGGUGGAGAGGGCGCGGAAGCAGCAGCUGCACCUGUGGCACCCAAGAGUAAUGCUGAGUUCCGAGCCCUGAUGCUGAGCGGUGGUCUCAAGAAGUCUCGUCAAUGA